AUGCAACUCGUCCUGUCGCUCAUCUGCCUGGCACUAUGGUCUAACUCAGCACACGCCUUCUACCCAUACACGCCAGAAUGGCGAGAAUCUAGUCUCGAAAGCGAGACCAAGAGAGCUGCCUCGCUUGACGGCUCAGAGGGCCUCGCGUUUGAGAUCCAGCAGCGACACGGCAGGCCCGACGCGUCACAUGAGUUUGCACGCCUCAUUGCCAAAUACAACAAUCGCGAAGCGCUGGUUCGCCGAAAAAACUCCUACGCAGUCACAUCGGCCACAACACCUACCACGAGUGACGCCGCCGGUAUCAACCAGGAUGGAACCGACUACUCAUACUUCAUACAGGUCGGACUAGGUUCCAAAGGUACCAAAGCCUACAUGCUAGUCGAUACCGGAGCUGGCUCUAGCUGGGUCAUGGGCACCGACUGCUCUAGCGAGGCAUGCGCCAAGCACGAUACGUUUGGCUCUGGCCAGUCCGACUCCCUUACCAUUAGCGACAAGGACUUUUCUAUAGCCUACGGAUCCGGAAAGGUCAACGGCAAGCUCGCUACUGAUACCAUCUCGGUUGCCGGCAUGACCAUGAAAUACCAAUUCGGUCUUGCCUCUACCACCUCGAAUGAGUUCAAGGACUUUGCCUUUGAUGGUAUUCUCGGCCUGUCCAUGGGCAGCGGUGCUAGCGCCAACUUUCUCACCACCAUGAUCUCGUCCGGCGCUGUCAAGAGCGCCGUCUUUGGUGUCGCCCUGAGCCGUGCUGCUGACGGCGGUACAUCAGGUGAAAUCAAAUUUGGUGGCACAAACUCGGCCAAGUACACAGGCGACAUUUCAUACACUCCUCUUGCCUCCAAGGAAGGGGACUGGACCAUUAAUCUCGAUGACAUGUCUUUCAAUGGCGAGAAGGCCGGCGUUGGCGGCAAGUUUGCUUAUAUUGAUACUGGCACAACCUACAUUUUCGGCCCAUCCAGCAUCACGGAUAAGCUCCACGCCGUCAUCACUGGCUCCAAAAAGCAGGGCGCGUACUACAGCGUUCCUUGCGACUCGACGACACCAAUCAUCGUCACCUUUUCCGGUGUUGAUUACAAAAUUCCUGCCAAGGAUUGGAUCGCACCAAAGAACAAAGACGGGACCUGUUUCAGCAACAUCUAUGGCCAGGAAGUUGUUAAGGACUCUUGGCUCCUGGGGGCCACCUUUCUCAAGAAUGUGUAUGCUGUCUUUGAUAAGGAUGGAAGCAGAAUCGGAUUUGCACGGACUGCCGGCUCAGAUGGCUUGGACUCGUCUUCAACUUCCUCUGCUACGCCUUCAGGUUCAUCCAGUGCGUCGACCAUGGCUACUAAGACUUCAUCGGCGGGUCCUUCCGCUUCAGCUAGCAAGCCCGCCUUGGGUCUCACUGGUCAGGAAACCACGACUGAUGGAGCCUCUGGCAGCUCAACAUCGUCGGGAGUGGAUGCUACCAAGACUGACGACAAGGGUAACGGGGCUACGUCUGGGUUGCACGCCCAAGGCGCGCAUCUCGCCUCCAUUCUCGGUGUCGCUGCUCUGUUGUUUAUAAUAUAG